AUGUUGCUUCCUGUCGUUAGUGGCAAUGCUGAGGAUACCAGCGACUCCGAGUCUUCUGCUAUGGACAUCCAAUCUAUGGAUGAGAAUAUGGAACCUGGCCCGAGUACAGCAUCUCAGGAUGCAUCGCAGACUCCAUCCCAGAUUUUGACGCACGCUCCUUCGUCCUCUACGUCCCAGGAGCCGCAAUUCACAGUACAGAUCCCGCAAAGUCCGUUCACGGUGCGAGUUUCACAAAGUGCUUCGACGAUACAAUGGACAACGGGGCAGCCUCCUACUCCAAAUCCCCCUGCUCGCAGCCCUCCUACUCCAAACCCUUCUACUCCAAACCCUCCUACUCCAAACCCUCCUACUCCAAACCCUCCUACUCCAAACCCUCCUACUCCAAACCCUCCUACUCCAAACCAUCCCACCUUAAACCCUCCCCAAGCGCCAGGCAACUCAGACGCUACGAUGGAUGAUCCUGAUGCCACCCCAACGGCCGCCCAAUUUGGCGCCGUGUCACUACAGCAACCACCUUCUAAAAGGAAAAGACGUGCAAUCUCUUCUCAACCCAUCUUCAACCAAGAUCAAGAGGGCGGCCAAGACAUGUUGAAAACACUGCUUGAACAUCAAACAAAGAUGAUGAAUCAGCUUUACGAUGGUAUACGGACAUCAAAUGCUGAAGUCGUCAAUAAGCAAGAUGCGAAAAUCGACAAGUUGACUGAUAGCGUUCAGCAUAAUUCGACCGUAUUGGAUCGCGUUCUGGAGGCAUUGGAUAUUCAAUCAGUUAAGAACAAGGGCAAACAACGACAGGAGGAGAUGGACAUCGACGAAGAGGUGCGUCGUCAGGGUGAAAGUGGCACCGCAACGAACGCAGAAAACAAAUCGGAUGGCAAUCAUGUUGAUGCUGAGGAUUCAGGAGAUUCGACCCAGGAAACUCCUUUCAGCUACUCCACGAAAAAGAAAGCAAGUGCUCGUUCAGGAGCCGUGAAGCACCGACCACAGCAAGAGCUCAAAAACAAGGAGACCAUUCGUCAAUGGUUCAACGAAGUGAUGGAGGGGAAAGACCUCUACAAAAAUGAGGUUUCCGAUGAGGAAGCCAAGCAAUUUGCUGAAAAAUUCAAGACGGAUCCACUCGCACGCCCGUGCAAUGUUGACAAUUUUCGAUAUUGGAUCGCAGGUGUUCCUAAAUCAGCGUGGAACAAAGGCGCAUCAUAUGUUUUCGUUGAUAUCCUCGUGAAGAAGAGGCUCAUCACCAUACCCAACAUUAAAGCUCGCGACUCCUUGCGUGAGGCUUUCUUCAUACGAUUGAAAACACUCCGUGGAAUCUGGUUGGAGAAACAGAAAAUGGCAGAGGAUAAGAAGUUGCCACAUGCCAUAUUUGCAAAGAGAUGGCAAAGGAAAAACACUUUGUUCCAACGACGAAGGAAUGUGAUACUUGCAGUUCCAGCACUUGAACCCUAUCUCGAAGUCUUCGAUGAGCUAGGGGUUGCAGGGAUGUCUUCCGACGAAGAGGAACCUGACAUGGAUGAAGCGAGUAUGUGCUACAACAUCAAGGAGCCAUGCUGGUGGAGUCAACAGCUCAAGAAUUGGGUCAGGCUUUUGGAUUAUUGUCAUCUUGAGGGUCGGAUCUCUCUUGAAGGACCCCAGUUCGGUUUCACGCGAGGCGCUGCACCCCGUUUCCGUGUGGAUAAUAACGACAAGAGUUCGAAGAGCAGAUACGUUGUUGGGCUACCUGCUAACUUCUACGAUGCGGAAUGGCUCGAGAAGCAGGAGCUUGGCUGGGCAAAAGGUGGGACGGGAUUUGUCAAUGAGAUGGUCCGCCCUCGUGCACCUAAGAAAUUAGUUUUCCCUGCGGAUCUUGCCAGAACUUUGGAACAGAGGAAAUUUCCAGGCGUAAGCACAAGAUAG